AUGGAGUUCUAUGAAGAUGAACCUGAUUAUGAUACUGAUUGGAGCCAAGAAUUGAGUGCCCAAGAGACUGGCUAUGGAGAUUCAUCAAGUGAAGAUGCCUAUUCAGAUUAUGGAGAUGAACCAGCUCAUGAGGAGCCUGAACCAGAGCCUCCAGACCUAUGCCACACCACGCCUAGAUAUCCAAAGCCCUGGAUUUCAUGGAAUCCAUCAUCAUCACGGGCCCAUUCUUAUCCUACUUUUCAUCCCACUAGAAAAGUUAAAUACAAAUUGUUUGUGCAUAAUGGUAAUGGAACUUAUGGACCUGAAUUCUUUUUGUUUUCAGGUUUAGAUUAUCUCCAGUGGGAAGACAAUAUGGAUUAUUACUUUGAAUAUCACUCCACACUACAAGAAGACAAGCUUUCAAUUGCCCUAGGACAACUAAAGGGUAGUGCUUUGAGGUGGUGGGAUCAAGAUGAGUACAACCGAUGGUAUGAUCAGAGGCCAAAGGUGAGAACGUGGGAGAACUUAAAAUGGCACAUGUGCGCAAAGUAUUCCCCACACAGUCUGAACCAAGGGAGCCAAACAGCUUGCCCUCCAAAGCAAGCCACCAAGGAGAUAAGACACCUAACACCAACUCAAAUCUGA